AUGGCAUCUACCACUAUUCUCACCGCAUUCCUCAUCCUCGCCUGGUUCCUUUUUGCUCUCCUUGUUCUCAUCCUCACCAUCGCCUUCCACUACCUCAAGGCGACAUACAAAGUCGAGAUCAUCCUCACCCGACAACCCACCACUCCCACCAUCGACCUAACCCCCGAGUGGCCCACAGGAGCACAAGUAAACUCUCCAGACCCUCUCGUUCCUACCCCCUUUACUGACUUAUUUAGUGACUCUCCAAUGGCAUCUACCACUAUUCUCGCCGCAUUCCUCAUCCUCGCCUGGUUCCUUUUCGCUCUCCUCAUCCUCAUCCUCACCAUCGUCUUCUACUACCUCAAGGCGACAUACAAAGUCGAAAUCGUCCUCACCCGACAACCCACUACUCCCACUGUCGACCUAACCCCCGAGUGGCCCACAGGAGCACAAUGGUGA